CGGGACACAAGGGCACAGGGUAAAGAUGGAUAGCACAGAUGAACCUCAGAAAAAAGUCUUCAAAGCACGAAAAACAAUGCGAGCAAGUGAUCGGCAACAGCUUGAAGUUGUCUAUAAGGUUAAAGAGGAACUGUUAAAGACAACUGAAGUUAAACUAUUAAAUGGGAAGCAUGAGAAUGGAGAUUCUGAUUUAAAUUCCCCUUUAAGCAGUACAGACUGUACUGAGGACAAGAAGGAAGUUAAUGGCCUAGUGGACUCGUGUGUUAACUCUGAAGAAGAAAAAACAGUUUCUGAUGAAAUUAGUGAAGCCAAAAGCCCUGAAAAUAGGGCAGAGAACACAGUCAGUGACAUAGAAUCCAAACCCCUAAUGCUGUCUCCAGAGAAUGUUACUCCCGAGCAAGAUAAAGACACUGACACUGAUAAAGUUGCUUUAGCUUGUGAGAUUGAAAAUGAAGUGCUUGAUAGCAAUAAAGAUAACUUCCAUGAAGAAAAUAAUACAAAAGAUCAUUUGGACCAAAGAGAGAGUGAUGUCCCAUCAGAAGGUGAAAGUAAACCAAUCUCUAAUACAAGCGACCCUUCAGAAGAGAAGGAAGAAACAAAUGACCUAGCUAUUAAUUCCAGUCCUUCUGAGGAAAAGAGAACUGAAGGAGUAACUGCUGAAGAUGAUGUUGGAGAAGAGGCUAUCUCUAGCAGUAUGGAAGCUGAUGAGGAACCAAAGGACGACACACAAGACAACACUGCAGAUCUUUCAGAUAGCACUGUUCAGAAGACAAUAGAAGAGCCAAUAGAAGAGCCAAAUGAAAGUAUCUUGGACACUACUGACUCUAUGGAAACAGACGAAAUUAUUCCAAUUUUGGAAAAACUAGCACCUGCUGAAGAUGAACUGAGCUGUUUUUCAAAAGGUCCUCUACUUCCAGUGGAUGACACAGUCCCUGAUUUAGAAGAGAAAAUGGACAGCUGUUUGAGUUCACCAUCCAAGCAGGAAAGCAACGAAAAUCUGCCUAAAGAGGCUUUCUUAGUACUGUCUGAUGAAGAGGAACCCUGUGAUGAAAAGGAGGAAGGUGCUGAAGUGAUGCUACCAAACAAGCCAUGUCUUCCAGAAGAGUUGAAGGAGGAGAAAAAGGGGAGUGAGCAGGUUAGAGAAGAUGAGCCCCAGGAAGAAGAGGAGAAACUCACAGAGAGAAGUGAAGUAUCAAGGAGAAAACGUUCCAAAUCUGAGGACAUGGACAAUGUUCAUUCUAAACGUCGUCGGUACAUCGAAGAAGAUUAUGAAGCAGAACUCCAAGUGAAAAUUACAGCCAGAAAAGAUGUUGACCAAAAAAUAGAAAAGAUUAUCCAGAGACUGUUAGAAGAAAAACUUAGUGCUUUGCAGUGUGCUGUAUUUGACAAGACUCUGGCAGACUUGAAAACACGAAUAGAGAAAGUAGAAUGUAACAAGAGGCAUAAAACUGUGCUUACUGAACUAAAGGCUAAAAUUGCUAGAUUGACAAAGCGGUUUGGAGCAGCCAGGGAAGACUUGAAGAAAAGACAGGAAAAUGCACCAAGUGCACCUCUGUCUCCAGGGAAAGCAGCAAGUGAUACUGUAAACACAACCAACACAACCUAUCGAAAUGCUGGCACAGUGAGGCAGAUACUGGAGUCAAAGAGGAAUGUAGGAGAGAGCACGCCAGCAACUUUUCAAGCCCCUGUGAAUGCAGCUCCCAGUCUUGCCGCUUCUUCAGCAGUUGUCAGUGCACAGCCUAAGCCUCAAACUCCGAUGACCUCCACCAGCUCUUUGACAACAGCAGUCCUUCCCACAGCUAACACAGCUGCAGUUGUAGGCGCUAGCCAAGUGCCUAGUGGCAGCACUCAGUCAGUGUCUGUCUCGUUGCAGUCUUUGCCUGUAAUCUUGCAUGUACCUGUUGCAGUAUCAUCCCAGCCUCAGCUUCUUCAAGGCCAUACAGGCACAUUGGUCCCUAACCAGCAGUCAGGCAGCGUGGAAUUUAUAUCCGUACAAAGUUCACCUACAAUUGGUAGCGUUAGCAAAACUACAGUGUCUUUGGCAUCAACUAACCCAACUAAACCAAAUAACAGCACAUGUGUGCCCAGUCCUGGUAUUCAGAGGAAUUCUCCAGCUGCAUCAAUAGGCACAACGUUGGCAGUGCAGGCUGUUUCUACUGCACAUCCUGUUGUCCAGACCACAAGGACUAAUUUACCUACAGUGGGUACUUCAGGACUUUAUAAUGCUACCAGCAAUCGAGCACCCCUGCAGAUGAAGAUUCCCCUCUCUGCAUUUAGUAACACAGCUCCUGUGGAACCAUCCAUCAAUACAGCGCUUAGAAUAGAAAACCAGACAAGCAAGCCACCGACAGAUACUUCAUCAGCUUCAGCAAACAAGCGAACAGCUGAGGGAACGACACAGAGCGGGAAGGUCACAGGAACUGAUUCAGGAGGUGUCAUUGAUCUUACACUGGAUGAAGAGGAUGAUAACUCCUUGCAAGCAGAUACCAAGAAGCAGAACCAGACACCUGUUACAGGGCUGAGCAUAUCUACCCAGCCCUUGGCUCGACCCGCACAGCCUUCGCAGCCAGCCCCUGUGCAGCAGACAGGUGUGCCAACAAGUGGACCUUCCCCAACCACCUUACAUGUGUUACCUGCAGCUUCAACAACAGUGAAUGUAACUCAUCGGCCAGUGACUCAAACUGCUGCAAAACUUCCUAUACCAAGAGUCCCUACUAACCAUCAGGUGGUCUAUACCACCCUUCCUGCACCACCAGCUCAGAACCCUGUAAGAGGAGCUCUCAUGCCAAGCCCAGGUUUAAGGCCAGUCAACCCGCAGACUGGAGGUAUGACAGUGCGGAUGCCUCAGACAGCUGCGUACGUCGUGAACAACGGACUGACCCUCGGGUCUGGAGCCCCUCAGCUCACGGUGCACCAUCGGCCGCCUCAAGUGCAUGCUGAGCCACCACGCCCUGUCCAUCCUGCCCCGCUCCCAGAGGCGCCGCAGCCGUCGCGUCUGCCCCCAGAAGCUGCCAACACUUCUCUGCCUCAGAAGCCACAGCUGAAGCUGGCACGGGUACAGAGCCAGAACGGGAUUGUGCUGUCAUGGAGUGUCAUGGAGGUAGACCGGAGCUGUGCCACGGUGGACAGUUACCAUCUUUAUGCCUACCACGAGGACCCGAGUGCCACUACACCCUCGCAGUGGAAGAAGAUCGGGGAAGUGAAGGCCCUGCCGCUCCCUAUGGCAUGCACUCUUACACAGUUUGUGUCUGGCAGCAAAUACUACUUUGCAGUCCGGGCUAAGGACAUCUAUGGGCGUUUUGGACCCUUCUGUGACCCCCAGUCCACAGAUGUGAUCUCUUCCCAGAGCAGUUAAACUCAAGAUCUUUGGAGCCUUUAAACCUGUCCUACUACCAAGAAUUACCCCAGUUUUGGAGGGUUGAUCCUGUGCAUGAAAUUCACUUUUAAAUCCGCUUUCUGCAGGAUUAUUUUAGACAGCUGUG